AUGGACAAGAUGCUCAGACUCGGACCGAGCACGCAGCUUCUGUCCAGGUGUGGUAGUGGAUGGUUGACCGGUGUUGCGCCCCUCAGGAAUGCGAACACCUUGUACCAGAAUGUACGGCAGGUCUCUACAACACGGCCAAAGAAGGCCCAGGCAACCAAAGAGCAAGUGAAGGCGACGAAAGAGGCAGUCAAGGAAAUAGUAGAGAAGAAACCGAAAGCGACAAGUUCUACUGCUGCAAAGCCAAGAAAGGCGUCUACAAAGACUGCUGCUACCAGUUCUUCAGAGAAAGACGUGCCAGUAGCAAAAGCGGCCAAGGCUGUCAAACCGACCGCAAAGACCCGGGCAUCCAAGUCUGCCAGUACAGGGGCUACUGAGCAGGAGACCAAGGGCGCGGCACCCGCAAAGAAAGCCACAGCGCCGAAGCCCAGCGCAGCGACGACAACAUCGCGAACACCAAAAGUCACUGUCGCAUCUUCAGCAGCCAAAGCCCCGGGACUUGCGUCAUCUGCGCACACGCCCACGCCGACGUCCACGCCUAGGCCGACUGCUAGUUCCACGAGUCCUGCGAAUACGCCGAGUUCGCCAGCGGCCCCAAAAACAGCAAACAGUGUCCCGACGCCAGCGGACAAGGGCAGUCCUACGUCGGCACCCUUGCCCUAUGCUGCCCAUGUACCAAAACCCGCAGAGCCCUCGACCGAACCGAAACGGAAGAUCGAUCCCUCCAGCCCGGAGUACAAGCGAGCUGCACGGAAGUGGGUGUCGACUAUGAUAGCGCUUCCCAUCUUGCUUGUCACAUCAUACUUCCUGUAUGACAGACUGGUUUUGGGUCAUCAUCCAAGUUUAGAGGCGUUCCGCCCCAAGCCUCAGGCGGCUGCUAUAGAGUCGCAAGACGCAUAG